GUGGAAAAGAUUCGUCAAGUCAAGGCUAAGUCACUCUACUUGCAAGUUGAAAAGUUACGUCAGAACCUAAAUAAGCUGGACAACACCAUUAGUGCUGUUCAGCAGGUCCUGGAGGAGGAUACCAUGGAUAUUCUCCUGGCUCGGGACCGCAUGCUGGCUCAGGUGCAGGAGCUGAAGAGUGUGAGAGGCCUUCUCCAGCCACAGGAAGAUGACAGGAUCAUGUUCACUCCCCCUGACCAGGCACUGUAUAUGGCCAUUAAAUCCAUGGGCUUUGUCAGCAGUGGGGCUUUCGCUCCUCUGACCAAAGCCACUGGGGAGGGCCUCAAGCGUGCACUGCAGGGCAAAGUGGCCUCUUUCACAGUGAUAGGCUACGACCAUGACGGUGAGCCUCGCCUUUCGGGAGGUGACAUGAUCUCUGCAGUGGUGAUGGGCCCGGAUGGAAACCUUUUCGGGGCAGACGUCAGUGAUCAGCAGAACGGGACCUACCUGGUUAGUUACCGUCCACAGCUAGAGGGAGAGCACCUGGUAUCCGUGAUGAUGUGCAACCAACACAUUGAGAACAGCCCCUUCAAAGUCGUGGUGAAAUCUGGGCGCAGCUACAUUGGCAUUGGGCUGCCGGGGCUCUCCUUCGGCAGUGAGGGAGACAGCGAUGGCAAACUCUGCCGCCCCUGGGGGGUUAGUGUAGACAAAGAAGGCUACAUCAUUGUUGCCGACCGCAGUAAUAACCGCAUCCAGGUAUUCAAACCAUGCGGGACCUUCCAUCACAAGUUCGGCACGCUGGGCUCCCGGCCGGGCCAGUUCGAUCGACCUGCUGGCGUGGCUUGUGGCGUAGCCGACAAGGACAAUCAUCGCAUCCAGAUCUUCACGUUCGAGGGGCAGUUCAUUCUGAAGUUUGGGGAGAAAGGAACCAAGAACGGGCAAUUCAAUUACCCAUGGGAUGUGGCCGUCAACGCGGAGGGCAAGAUCCUGGUCUCUGACACGAGGAACCAUCGCGUUCAGCUGUUUGGGCCCGACGGAGUGUUCCUUAACAAGUAUGGCUUUGAAGGGGCGCUCUGGAAGCACUUUGAUUCCCCCAGAGGUGUGACUUUCAAUCACGAGGGCCACUUAGUAGUGACAGACUUCAACAACCAUCGCCUCCUGGUCAUCCAUCCGGAUUGCCAGUCAGCGCGCUUUCUGGGCUCGGAGGGCACCGGGAACGGCCAGUUCCUGCGCCCGCAGGGAGUGGCGGUGGAUCAAGAGGGACGCAUCAUCGUGGCUGAUUCCAGGAACCACCGGGUGCAGAUAUUCGAGUCAAAUGGUAGCUUUUUAUGCAAGUUUGGCACUCAGGGAAGCGGCUUUGGUCAGAUGGACCGUCCUUCAGGUAUAGCCGUCACCCCUGAUGGGAUGAUUGUUGUGGUCGACUUUGGAAACAAUCGAAUUCUCGUCUUCUAAUCUGUGUUUGAAUUGGGAAGAAACUGUCUCAGGGAAAUUCUUCUAAGAGAAAA